CCCCCCAUACUCCAGCAGUCACCUCAAUUGGCGAUUUGACCGAUUAUCGUCCAUAUACCCCAGCUUUGAUGCUCAAUUUGAUGAAAUAGUGAACAUGCCUGGCCCAUGCUGCAUCAACUCAACCGGGAGAUGAAAAGAAGUCUGAUCAUUAAAACAUCGCUCCGUACCUGGGACCCUCUGUUGCCUAUCCCACUAUCAUCUCUUCAGUCCACUUCACCGCCAUUAUUGUUGGCUGGGGAAGGUCAGAGGUCGUGGGGACUCUAGCUGGGGUUGAACAUUGAGGCUAACCUGAUACAGAUCUUUAUUACAUAAGCUGACUAGAUCUCUCUCCACGCACGAACCUCUCGUCGCCAUCGGCAGACUCGGCCACCGAUGCAAUUGAACAUCGGACGUUCGGAGCCCCGUCUGCUUUUGAUGUUGAUGCCUCAUCAUUAUUACUGGGAUUGAAUCUGAUGGAGAUUGACCCUCGACUGCGCUCUUCUUCUGCGGGCGUCCCACCUUUGUUUGGGACUGCUCCGCCACCUUCUUUUGCUUCAAAUCCAGUUCGACUUCCGCCGCCAACUUCUCAGCAUCCUGCGCCAUCCUCCGCAUUGCCCCCAUUAUCCGCUGACCCUAGUCCUCACCAGCCAUAUUACCUUCCUGCCGAUAUCAGAUCAAAUACUGAAGGCGCCGCCGAGUUCACCCCGGAAAGGACGCCGCUCGACCCUGAUGGCGGGUCCCCUCACGAUCCAAAACGCUCACGCGCGUGUGAGGCUUGUCGAGGACUGAAAGUUCGAUGUGAACCGGAUCCGAACAAUCCUAACGGUUCAUGCAAGCGUUGUGCCAAGGCAGGACGGAAUUGCGUCGUGACAGUCCCAAGCCGGAAGAGACAGAAGAAAACAGAUAGCAGAGUGGCAGAGUUGGAGCGAAAAAUCGAUGCCUUAACUGCCAGCCUUCAUGCUAGUAGAUCCAGUCAUCCUCAAAUUGAGACUGACCCUUAUCUGUCGGAAAGCAGCCCUGCUCAAACUGGAACGACCCAUCAGCCUGCUUAUAGCCCGCAUGUGCAUCAUGAAGAAAAGCCUUCGUCGUUCUCGGAAGGUCCCGGACCAUCGCAGCCUGGCACAGGAGCGUCAAUGCUACAGAGCCCUGCAGCAUCCACAUCGACGGUCGCGGGAAGCAAGCGAAAGUUUUCAGAAGAUCCUCAUCUGCGUUCCGCGAACAGUGUAUUCAGUGGCACGCCUUCCUCGAGGGCGAUUCAAGGAGCAACGCCCGCCGAAAGCUCAGUCAAAUCAGAUGAUGAUACCAGAGCAUUAGUCUAUCCGUUUUUGGUGCCAAAAGCAGAACCAGCUGCUGUCGCGCAAGACUCUCAACGUAGCCAUUCGAUUUUUGAGCAUGGAGAUGUCAUCGAUCGACGGCUGGUUGGGGUGGCAGAUGCCGAGGAGUUUUUCCGGAGAUAUAACAAUAUAAUGAUUCCAAUCAUCCCGGUGGUCGUCUUCCCUCCUGGGACCACGGCCUCGGAGAUCCGCAAAUCGAAGCCGAUACUGUUCCUAGCGAUUCUAAGUGUGGCUUGUGGUUGUUCCCAUCCCGAUCUUCAACGGACAUUGUCAAGAGAGCUCAUGCGGAUCUUUGCGGACCGUGUCAUCUAUAGCGGCGAGAAGUCUCUCGAACUAAUCCAGGCAUUGCACGUUGCCACAACUUGGUACACGCCUCCUGAGCACUUCGAAGAGCUGAAAUUCUACCAACUAGUACAUAUCGCCGCUGUAAUGGCUUUGGAUAUCGGUAUCUGUAAAAAGAAAGAGCACCCUUCACGCCUCGGUCUUUGGCGCGAACACCCUUGGAAGCGUUCAGGAUUUCCGAACCCAGAAAGCAUAGACGCUCGUAGAGCGUGGCUUGUCUGUUACUAUCUUUGCGCUGCUGUCGCAAUGGCUUUACGUCGCCCAAAUCUGAUCAGAUGGACAUGGUACAUGCAGGAAUGUAUUGAGGUGCUCGAAUCGUCUUCCGAGGCUCACGAAUUGGACCCUGUAUUAUGCCAAUUGGUUAAAAGCCAAGUGAUAGCGGAUGAGAUUGGGCAGCAGUUUUCCAUGGAUGAUCCUUUCGCCAGCGUUGGCAUUUCAGAUCCCAAGAUUCAGUAUGCUCUUAAAGGCUUUGAACGACAGCUCAAAGACUGGAGUGCUCAGAUUCCCUCUCACAUAAGGCGACCUUCCCUUACUCUCGCGGAGAAUGUGGUCAACUUGUAUCUGCAUGAGGUUGCAAUGCACGUUGAUCACAAUGUGAAUGAUUUUCGACCUCCAUUCGCCGAGGUGGAAUUGAAAGAAUCUACGCAGCCAAUGCCACUAACGCCCGCCCAUAUCAACGCUUUGACUGUGUGUCUCAAAUCAUGUCACGCAAUCCUUGACGCUUUUCAGGAGUACAACAUUGAGGCAAUUCGGCUGCUUCCGAUAUUUUUCUUUGUCAGAACCGCUUAUGCUGUCGUUGUCCUAAUCAAAUUGUACUUCGGAGUGACUGCACCAAAUAGCGAAUUCGCAAAGGCGAUCAGCAAGGACGAUCUGAAAGUUGAACAUUACCUUGACGGAUUGGUAGGAUUUUUCCAAUCAGCUUCCGAGGACGGCAAGUCCAAGCCGGCCUCCAAAUUUCUCAUGAUCCUAAUAAUGCUCAAAACAUGGUUCCAACGACAAAAGUCCGGCAAGGGUCCAUUACCAUUUCCCAAUGGCCCCGGUGUCUGUCCCUUGAAAGAUAUGGAAGAACUGAGGCAAGGCGAGUCAACCAACGGACGGCCUCCUCGGGACCAUUUGCAGAAAAGCAAUCGUGAUACCACAGGCUAUCCGCCUGGUUCCGGCUUCAGCGAUGGCACAACGUCGCCUAAUGGAAGUCAGCUGAAAAGCACCAGCAGUGCGGAAGUCGCUCAGCCCGGCUUCAGUUCCGCUAAUACUCCGUUGCAUCUGCUAAGUGAGGUUGCCAUGGGCAAUUCCAGCGGUGCAGACCCUGGGGCACCGAUGGCCAAUGCACCUCGACAGCCCGGCCCGUGGUAUGGCGCCACUCUCCCCGAACGAGCUAUUUACGCCAUGGGGUCGGCCGCUGCUCCUCCACCCGGCCAAAAACCAGCCGAUUGGGCCCAGUAUCCUGGGGAAAGCGGGUUAGAAUAUUCGAUGGGCGACGGCAUGGAACAAGCGAUGGGCAUGGCACUUGGAGACGGAGAUCUCUCUGACAUCUUGGGACAAGACGGGUUCCUCAACUGGAAUUGGAACUGGACGGAUUUGUUCUCAAAUCCCAAUCCAAACCCUCAGUAACGAAUAUUUUCGCCGGAGCCAAAGUAUGAUACUGUUUCUUGUUCUUUUUUAUCGAUUGGGGUUUAAUGAUGUUUCAAAUUCUUUCCACUUUCUUAGCCUUGGUGGUCUUUAUAUGAAAAGGUAGUAACUAUAUCGGUAUAAUAUCCCGUGUUUCAG